AUGUAUCGCGUCCUUCAACCCCUCAUUCCAGACAAGUGUCUCGUCUACCUCGACGACAUUAUAGUGUUUGGGAGGUCUAUCGACGAACACAACCACAAUUUGCGCGCGGUAUUGGAAGCCCUCCGCUCCGCUGGUCUGACCCUUAACCCCACGAAACGCCUUUUUGUACGCCGCGAGGUAAAUUUUUUGGGUCACCUAAUCUCUCCCGGGCGCAUCUCCCCCCUGCCUGACCGCAUCCAAUGUAUCCGCACGUGGCCAACCCCCUCCAACCAAACGGAAUUACGCAGUUUCUUGGGGUUAGCAUCAUAUUACCGUCGUUUCAUCCGUGGUUUUGCUCAUAUCGCCAACCCCCUGCACAAACUCACGGAGAAAGUCAGACCCUUCGUCUGGUCGGACGACUGGGCACGUGCGUUCACCGACCUCCGCGCCGCCCUGUGCUCGGCUCCCCUACUUGCCCUCCCAAACGUUGACGACGACGCACCCCCAUUCAUAUUAGACACUGAUGCCAGUGGGUACGCCAUCGGCGCCGUACUCUCCCAAGCCGACGCGAACGGAGUAGAGCACCCGAUCUGCUUCGCAAGCAAUACUCUCACUAAACCACAGAGGAAUUAUUGUAACUUCCGUCGCGAAAUCCUGACGAUCGUUGUGUUCCUGCGUCAAUUCAAACACCUGCUGGUCGGACGACGCUUCGUUCUCCGCACAGACCACAGGGCCCUGCAGUGGCUGCGGUCCUUCAAGGACCCCAUGGACCAGCUGGCACGCUGGCAGGAGUUCCUUCAGGAUUUUGACUUUGAAUGCCAAUACCGCCCGGGCCACAAGCAUGGCAACGCAGAUGCCCUUUCCCGCUUGCCCCACGUCACUGACGCAGACCCCGAUAUACAGACAGCCGGCGUUAACGCUAUUGUCGUGUCGGAGCCAACACGCCACGAAUGGGCAACAGCGCAAAAAACGGACUCGGACACGGCCACUAUUUACCGCCACAUGAGUCUAGGGCUUCCCAAACCUACCGAGCGGAAAUGA